AAUUAAAUUGAUUUUUAAUUCACUUCCACUCCGGUACUGGAACAAAAUGAAGGAGAUUCUGUUGUUAUUUUUGUUGGGGUUCAGUAUAUCGGGAUGUUACGGAAGGGAACCGGUUGUACCUCCACCAGGCGCCGUCCAGUUCAUGGUAUAUUUCAACGCCAGCCCGCGGUCCAUAUGCGUCGGGGUCCUGGUAUCACGCAUGGCGGUGUUGACUGCAUGUGUCUGCGUUGUUAACGUCGAUGGUCCGCCCGACACGCGGCCGAUCAACGUAAUAGUCGGGACCCACUACCGGCACGACAUGAGAGGAGUCAGGGUGCAAGUCACCAAAAUUGUAACACCGCACCUUCCGGGUUUCGAAAAAAUGGGUACGAGGGCAUAUUUCAUGCAAAAAUCGGUGGCACUGCUACUCCUACGCAGGAAGAUCCCGGAUGUGCUAACUGAGGAGCCUCCUCGGGCCAUCGCUAUUGACUACAAGGGGGAGGACAAGCUGGACCUGCAGGAUGAGUGCUUGAUGCUGGGCUGGCACUUCUUCUACACCGGGGAUAAGAUAUAUCCAGGGCCGAAAUAUAUUUUGCAAAGAAACUUGCGACUGCAGCAAUUGAACUAUGUGAACAAGGAGGUGUAUUGCGACACGCUGGUGCUAAAAUACGAAAAGGCGACCGACGAUCUUGGAAACACUAAAGAGUUCUUGAAGGAUGAUGUAUUGUGUUUCAGAGACACGGACUACACUGCCCAGCCCUGUCACGCCAUGUUCGGGGCGCCAGUGAUCUGCGGCUCUGGGCGGGUGAUAGGCAUGCUGAUGGCACCCGACGCUCAGUGGACCAACUGCACAGGUUACAGCGUCCUCGCGCACCUGAUCAGCAACGUCAGGAAUACCAGAUUCUUCGAAUGUGUUAAUCCGUUGUUCGAGCCCGAGGUGGUGAUAAACUGGGCGCUGGUGAAGCAGAACCGGUUACUCAUGAAUGACGAGGCGGCAGUAAUCAAGAGCAUGUACGACGGUUUCAUCACAGACUUCUCCUCAUCCAGUGAAAACGACUAUUAGGCACGAAAGAACGAAAGAGCUCAUGGUUCUGAGUUGAAAUUAAAAAAAUCCAGUUUACAUUGCAAGUAUGGGGCACAAUUUUAAAUAUAUUAGAAAUGAUCGGUACCUACUCAUCACCAUUACGAAGUAAUAGGUAAGUACCUAGUUCGUUACAGAUAAACGGAUAAUCCUGCGCGUAAAAUAUACAAUCGCAAGGAACUUAUUCUAAGCUCACAGAAUAUGUCUAGAGGACGAAGACUGAAUUAAAUAAAUGAAUGCUUUUUUAU